CUGUUGUACCAGAUCAUUUAAAUUGUGUUUGGCUAUUGUUAGCUUCCAGAAAAUCCACUUAAUGCCGCAUCGUACAUGCAUCUGAGUUCAUCUCGCCUCUCCCAAGGCUUCUGCUCUAUUCUUUGUGCUUGCAGUUGCCACACCUCAACCUGCUUGGUCUGGUCGUUCCACGAUGCGGAGUUCCUUGCGUUCUAAAGCGCCUGCGCCUACCUUUCCAGAUGUCGAAAGGAACUUUCGAAUCCUGUUCUACGCUGCCGUCGCCCUUCUCUGGGGUGCUAGUAUCUUGAACGGAACUAUCAAGGCCCUCUUGGUAGCGGUAUGGAGUGGACGUCUGGAGGAUGGCACUCUGCUGAGAACGGAUUACACCGGCUUUCCUCCUCUGGACUACCCACUAGCAGUCUUGGUAGCAUUUUUCUUUUCUGGAACCAACGGACAUCAUGAGGCCUAUUCCCUCUUUCUCUUCGAUUUGUACAUAAAUCUUCAGCUGGGGUAUCUAUGGGUGUAUGCGGAGGCUGCUCGGCCGGGGCAGAAGCCAAGCUGGAUUCAGAGUCCCGUCUACUUCGCGCUUCUCUGGCAAGCUUGUGGUGGCGCCGUCGCCUUUCCACUUUAUUUUGGCCUACACGUUCGGUGGGCCUCACAGGAAAGGUUGGCACAGGUUGUAGAUUUGCACAAAGCCCGAGCCUUGCCAAUAGCCUUCAUAUUAGGUGCUUUUGCCCCGAUGACUGCCCUGAUGGCCCCGACGUGGCUUGGGCCGGAAGGCCGGUCCGCAGCGUCGCAGCAGAUGAUUAUUGCAUUAUUUCAACCAUCCCCUAUCCUUUUCUCUAUACUCCUGGCUUUAUUCACUCGGGGAUCCGCGUAUCUCAGUCAUGGCGGACGACUUGGUCCAGAUGGUCCGAGAGAUAACAAGAAGGCAAGACGAUGGGUUCAAGGAUCAUACCUGGCCGCCGCAGCAGCGUCGAUCAUCGGGCGCGUGUAUGUGCUCAUCAGAGUUCUUACCGCCGAGGAUAGUGGCUCGGUGAGCCUUCUGCGCAUGUAUGUGCCGUUUCCCUUUACCGGACCUGCUGGUACAAAUGAGGUACUUGUCGGAGGACCAUGGCUAUUCCUACAGUGGGACAGUAUCAUCAUCAGCCUGGCGAGUUCUUUCUGGGCCUUGGUACUUCUAAAGCAAGAUAGAAUUGUGCGGGAGAGUACAGGAAUCGUCGCAUUAGUGUUGACCGCGGGGGCUGUAGUGCUUGGACCCGGAGCAACUGUUACGAUGGCGUUAUGUAUCCGGGAAGGCCACUUGCCAGAGAGGACGGGUAAUCCCUAG